AUGGCUUCAAAUGGUGCUCGACAACUCUAUAAGAUAUAUGUGAGUAACAUACCUUGGACUGUAAGUCACAGAGAAUUGAAAACUUAUUUUAGUAAAUUUGGACACAUACAACAAGCUUCAGUAGUAUUUGAUAAAAAAACAGGCUUAUCAAAGAAUUACGGGUUUGUAACUUUUAGUACUCGUGAAGGAUUAGAAACUGCAACCAAAAGUAGUUUACACAAGUUAGAGGGAAAUACAAUAAAAUUGCAACCAUUGAAUAGUUCAAACCAAUAA